AUGGACACUCACUCAUCAACCUCCUCGUCACAAUUACCUCCUUCCAUGGUAUCUGCCAGUAAACCUGAAUCAGAAGAACGAGUGAAAAAGCCCCAGCAACAGCAACAAUACUUCAACGAAGAGACUCGUGCUCGACUUGAACGACUACGCCAGUUCCAAUUCCAUCCUACCAAUAUUCCAGACUCUCCUGACUUUGGCACCAACCAAUACAUCAGCAUCAACGAAGAGUUAAAACAGCAAUUGAAAAGCGUCGUCUCACAGUUCCAUGCACCCAUUCGUUAUGCAUUUGCUUAUGGUAGUGGUGUGUUUCGUCAAAAUGGCUAUGAUACCAAGAAAAAGCCAAUGCUCGAUUUCAUAUUUGGUGUCUCUCAUCCUGGUCAUUGGCAUGCUUUGAAUAUGCAACAAAAUCCACAUCAUUAUUCCAGUGUACGGAUGCUUGGAUCAAGUACGGUUUCCAUGUUACAAGAGAAGAUGGGUGCAGGUGUCUACUUCAAUCCCUAUGUCGAGGUCAAUGGCAUGAUGAUCAAGUAUGGCGUUGUCUCUAUCGAUCGACUUUGCAAGGACUUAAUUGAUUGGGAAACUCUUUAUUUGGCGGGUCGCAUGCAUAAGCCUGUCAAAAUCUUGCGGGAUGAUGCACGAGUGAGACUUGCCAACCAAGUCAAUUUGACUGAAGCUGUACGUGUGGCUCUAUUGACAUUGCCCGAGAACUUUAGUGACGAGGAACUCUUUGAGCGGAUUGCUGGUAUCAGCUACACUGGUGAUUUUCGGAUGAUUGUUGGUGAAAAUCCUAACAAGGUUCGAAACAUUGUCCAUGCUCAAAUGUCCCAUUUCCAUCGUCUCUAUUUUGGUUUGCUUGAUGAUUCUCCCAAUGUAUCAGCACUAAACAAUGGCCGCUAUCAGCAAAAUGUCAAUCCUCGCUUUCGAGAACUCAUGAUCCGAAAACUGCCAAGCACCCUUUACAAGAAACUGGUGGAUGAGCACAAGCUUUGGGCAGUACGAAAUGGUGUCGCUAUCCCCGAAGAUAAGAUCGAAUUGCAUCAACAAAUUGCCAUGUCAUCGGCCUUGAACAAAAACAUGCAGAGUUCUUUGCAACAAAUCAUUGCCGCCCCUGCAUUGACACAAACCAUCAAGGGUGUCUUUACUGCUGGUCCGGUCAAGACGACCCGUUAUGCACUUUCCAAGUUAAUCAAAUGGCAGCAGGCCAAGUAG